AUGCCGACGUCAGGGGAUCCUGCGGGCCCUCUGCGUGUCUCUCAGCGCCGGCCCCAGGCCUGCCGAGAGUGCACGAAGCGGAAGCGAAAAUGUGACAAGGAAGUCCCUUGCUCAAGAUGCAGACGGCUCAAUCUGCACUGCUCGGUGGAAACUGUUCAGUUGCGUCGGAACACCGUGCAACACGCAUCUGAAAUCCAAUUUCUGGCUUCUGUAUUGGCGGAUCUAGACUCUUUUUCGGCUGAUCAACUACCUGGUAUUAUCAGAAAAGUGCGAGAUAGAAUCUCUAAGCUCCAAACUGGACAAAAUAUCGGAUUGGAUGACAACAGCAGCAGUGCUGUGCCGGAUGACUCGUUAGCGUCCAAAUGCGAAGACGAUAAAGGUGUACAGAAUAUUUUUACUGAACUACCUUCUGAAAGUACUGAAACACCACUUCUCACCGCGAUUGAGCAUCUUGCUUGGGGUCGAAACUCAGCAGGAUGCUUUCCCCAUAGGCGAUGCGGGUGUCAGUAUCGCAGGGAAACCCCCAGGCAACUUUCUAUGAAUAGUGAAGAGUUCCGAAUACAUGGCUCCUCGCUAGAAUCUAUAGUUUUUGUACCAAAGGCUGCUGAUGCUGAGAAACUGGUCAAAUUUCACAUUGGCCACAUUUCAUGGCAUCACAAUUGUUUUCAUGGACCGACAUUCCUAGACCAAUGUGAUGUCUUUUGGAAAACUGGAAGAUGCGACCACCCACUCUGGAUGGCUCUUUAUUUCUCUGUGCUAAGCUGUACUGUUAAUUCUAUACAGCACAGCGACAAGUUGAGACAGCUUAUCGAUGUGGAUCUUGAUACAAUGCAAUCUGCCCAGCAAUUGUUCUCCGCAAUGGUCCAGACACUCUACAGCUCUCACUUCUUAAACAAUCUUUCUAUAUACUCUGUCCAGGCCAUUUUGAUCUCCACAGAGAUUGCGCACAAUCUCGGUCUAAGCCAGUUGAAUGCGACUCUCUUUAAUGCCGCUGUGCGUAUUGCCGAGUGUCUUGGGAUGCACAAAAUUAAAAAUCAUCCCAAGGCAGUGACAGAAACAAGAGAUCAAUGGGAAGAGCAGGUCGAAAGGGAGGUUGGAAGAAGAGUAUGGUGUCAGAUGCUCAUCCAAGAUCACUUUGCUAUUCCCUUCACCGACACAUAUAGUAUCUCUCCGUGGCACUUCUCGACAGGCCGUCCAUUAAAUGCCGACGACCACGACCUGUCCGAACUACCAGUCAGCACCCCAACAAUAAGUAGCUAUGUCCGAACCCUCGUCGACCUCGCGGCAUUGAUGCCCGGCCUAGUCGACGGGCUUGGCCCAAUGAACAGACGCAAAUCCCAUCAAGAACAAUACGAACACGUUCUCCGGAUUGAUCAAAAAAUGCGAUCAAUUGUCAAAAAGAUACCCUCCUUUCUUCUGCGGCCUGAUACGCUCAAGGAGGCUCAAAUUCCAUGGCUGAGCAUCGCCCGAAGAAGCCUUGCUAUCACAGCCGCCGAAAAAAUCAUCAUGAUCCAUCGUGUAUUUCUUUUCCACUCCUUUCACGACCCAAAAUAUAUUCAUUCACGACGCACAUGUGUUGCAGCUGCGAUGACAAUUCUGCGUGAGCAUGAGAUCAUCGUCGAAGAGGGCGAGCCUUCCAUAUGGACACAUACAGCCUUUGCUAUCACGGCCGCCGUUAUCCUCUGUUUUGAGAUUAAUGCAGUCAACGAGAAUCCAGAAAAGAAAACGGUUGAGACGUAUAGAGCCGCCAUCGUUGCAGCCCGCGACCGUCUUGCAGCAAGAGCUGGAGACGUUUUCGCUCAACGAGGCGUUGCACUUAUCAAUGCGAUCAGUAUUUCAGAGCAAUCAGCUUACUAUCCGUCGCAACCAGCGCAACUCUAUCCGCCACAGCCAGCACAGCAUACAUCAAUUGAUUUCCAUAGAGUGUUUGCCAACUUCUCCACUUUAAGCAAGGCAGCGGCGAUCCCCUACAUGGAUGAAAUGACGCCGGGCAAAUUUUCAGAUACUAUCUCUGAGGGUCUUCCCUCAGGUGACAUGGAUGAGAUGCAAUUGGGUUGGAACCAAGAUGAAACUGACUUUGACAGCUGGUUCAAAGGAAUUUUCAACAACUUCCCGGGUACCCAGUUAUAG